AUGCCUUCCAUGUUCAUUGCUGUCAAAAACAUCAAGCCGGAACACCAGCUCAGGGCAAUCAGGGUGAGAGCAGUACGGGUAUACGAAGUGCCUGAGAAAAGGAGAGAGGGCCAGGCUAGUAAGAGCAUGGAAGUAUUGUUCCAUGAUGAAGAGGGAGACUACAUUCAUGCCAACAUUAGGAAAAAAUACAUUAUAAAAUAUAGAGAAAUAUUACAAGAAGGGAAAGUUUUUGAAAUAAAAAACUUCAUGGCUUCUACAAAUUACUAUGUCUACAAGAUUACAGAACAUGACUUCCUGAUCAAAUUCAACUAUAGAACACAAGUGAAGGAGAUACAUUCUAACGGGUUUCCUUUCAAAAUGUUUCGCUUAAAGAGUUUCAUUGCUUUGAAAAAUCCUGCAGAUGUUAAUGACAAGGAACUGAUUGAUGUGAUUGGAAGGGUCAAUGUGAUUUAUAAUCCUAUGGACAAGAUUAUAGGUGGAAAGGCAACCAAAUUCAUUGACUUUCAAAUUGAAGACAAUGCUGACAACACCCUGACAUGUACACUUUGGAAUGAACAUGUAUAUUCCCUUAUUCCUUAUUACAAUAGUGAUUCGAAAGAACCACUGAUUGUAGUCAUUCAGUGCUGUCGGGCUAAAGUUGUUAGUGGUGAGGUUAGAAUAACCCAUUCAUAUGAUGCUACGAAGCUUUGGUUCAAUGAGGAUUUUGAGGAAUUCCAAGAGUUUAGGUCAAAGUUGAAAGCUGAAAAUACUCCAAUGAGAAGUCUUAGUACUGGCACCCUACAUUCAAACUCUACAGGCAUUAGUGAGUUUAAAAAUGCUUCUGUUAUUGUCACUAACUGCCAUGAUCUUAAGAAGGUUAAAGAGGAUGGGGAAUACUAUGUGGCUGCUAAGAUUUUGGGGUUAGAGUUUGAGGAUGGUUGGUACUAUUUAUCAUGCCUGGCAUUGGGAUGUAAUAAGAAACUAAAAGAACAAGAAGGAUCACUGAUUUGUACUAAGUGUCACAAGCCUUGUAUGAUGGGUAUAGUUAGAUAUGAAGUUGUUGUAAUUGCUAUUGACAAAAGUGGAGAUGCUCCACUAUUGCUUUGGGAUAGAGAAGUGGCAGAACUUGUGGGUAUUCCUGCUUCGAUUUUGUAUGCAAAAUACAAGGAGGUUGAUGUUGAAGUGCCACAUGAGUUGGAUGCUAUAGUUGGAAUGAAGAUGCUCUUUAAGAUCAAUUUUAAGCUGGCUCUAAAGAGGGGUCCCAAUUACCCAUUCAAUGUUGUGAGGGUGGUCAUGGAAGAACACUUGCUGAAAACUUAUGUUGACAGGUUUGUGGAGCAUCAAGACUUAAUGUCUACGAUGAUUGAGGAGGAAACUAACACUGAUGCAAAUUCUGAAGAAGACUCUAGUGGAGUGGAGGUUAAUAGUCCUGCAUCUGUCCACCCCUCACAAAAGGAAGGAAAUGACAGUGCCGACAACUCUGGAGCUAUUAAAAGGUCACUUUUGGAUGAGUGUUCAUCAUCCAAAAGUAUGAAGAAGUUGAAGGAAUCAGAGAUCAGAAAGGAAAAAAUGUAG